AUGCCCUCUACCAAACGCAAAAGUACCGACGCGCCAGCCGGUACUCCGUCGAAGAAGACCCCCGCUGGCAAGUCCGCCAAGAGCAAACCGGCCGCCCCCACCCCCUCCUCCCUCGAUGGUACCUCCAUCGCCUCUUCCUCCUCCCUCGGCUUCACGGACACCCCCUCAAAGAGGCGCAAGACUGAGCCGGCCCCAAAGGCUGCAGCGAAGGGCAAGGGCAAGGGCAAGGCCGGGAAGGCGGCCAAGCCAGACCUUGAGUGGUACGACUCGGGCGGUCGGCUCGCGGCUUCGGGGAUCCUGAAUGAGGAAGAGCUGGACAUCUUCCACUUCGUCCGGAAACCCGUUUUCAACAAGCCCAAGCCUGCUGGGGCCAAGCGGGUCACGGAGCCCACCUCGUCCGCUACCCUCUACCUGGCGGACUCGGACGACGAGCUGCCGGACGUCGAGCCGGAGGAAGUCGUGGCUGACGAGGAUCUUUACGAGUCCUCGUUAUCACCCGAGGCGGCACCGUCGCAGCCGGUCUUCCGACCUACAACCCUACCACUUCGGUAUCAGCGAUUCGAGGAUCGUACUGCCCUCCUUGUGCUAUUUGAACGGAACUGGUUCCCCGCCUACCUGGUAGACUUCUUCCCCGUGCAGAGCCUCGAAGAGAAGAAGCGGAGGAAGAAGGACCAGUGGGAGGUGCAGAUGCACCCGUCGACUGGUCGGGUCAACACGAGGAAGGUAGCCCAAAAGGAUAUCAUGUACCUCGACGACGACAGGAUUGCAAGCUGCACGCUGGGCGGCAUAGCAACCGUGGCCAUGACCUACAAUUCCAACGCGCGGACCCGCGCCGCCUCGCCUACACGCGAGGGCGAAGAUGAUCCCCCCCUUCCUCAUCCCGAUACCUUCGUCGAUCUGCCCCGGGAACAGCAGAUUCGGCUUUUACGUCCCCACCUGCGCACAAUCAUACACGAGCAAUAUGAGCCAGCCCAGUGGCGUAUCGACCUCUUCCACCAGACCCAUCGUAUCAGCACAGAGAAGCUCGCAAGGGUCGCAAAUUAUGGCGACAUCUGCACGGACGAGGUCGUGCAGUGUAUCGUGCCAGAGCUGGAGAGGUGGUUAUUGAUGAGUUGCAAUCCCGACAACAACUACGACCCAGCAACCGCCCUUCACGGCUCGGAACGCUUCGACGCACUGGCUCCCGCCAGCAAGCGGGAGUUCAUCCAGCUUGUCCUCGUGCCCGAACUCAUCAUCCGACUGUGUAUCGCUUCGACCGAUUUACCGACCCUCCUGGAGCACGCUUCGCCCAAACUCAAGCUCAAAUUAGCGGCGGCCGCGCCUGCGGUGGAGGAACAGGCGGAGGAAGAGCCGAUGGUGGAAGCGUCGCAGGUGACGAUGGCUGAGCAGGCGGAUGAGCCGAUGGAGGCGGCAGAGGCAGAAGGGGAGGCGCCCGCCGAUGUAGCGGAGGAGCCGACGGGGGGGAGGUCCGACGAGAAGAUGUUUGGGGAGCCGGACGAGCAGCCGGCAACAGCGCCGGAGCCAGCAGCUCUCGCUGACGGCGGAGAGGCGCAUUGGUCCGAGGGAGAAGGGGACGGCCGUCUUGCUCCAGGUGGCUCUGCUCGCAGAGAGACGUCGGAGCUGCAGGACAUGAUCGUCGCCACCCCGGACAUUCCAAAUGGCGGUAACGAGGACAGCGCGGCCGCUGGACCGGUCGAUGCUCCAAAUCCCGCCGACGAGCCUGCUCCCCUCGGUGUCCUUACCCAAGCCUUCCCUGCCCCAGCACCUGCCCUCGCCCCUAUCCCUGCCCCCGCCCCGGAACCCCAGCCCGAAGCCGACCAGCCCAACCUCACCCCGGACGAGCUGUACAACCUCGCCGUCAGGCAUCUACACUCGCUCGCCGCGGACGACACCACCUCCCGAUGGGAGUACAUCACGCGUGAGAUCAAGCAGACGCGAAGUCUCAUGCGUGAUGAGCAAGGACUCCCCGACGAGAACCUAUCUGGGUUCGAGAAGGAGCAGCUUAGGCUGUCGCAGCAGGGGUAUGAGCAGAGCUUUGUCGGGGAAGUCGGACGGAGAAGGAAGAAGGUUAGGUAUACGGAGUGA